AUGCAGGCCAUCAGUCCGCCAGAUGAGGGCCCCUCCCAAGGGCUCGUGGCCUCUCUCAUUGAGACGUAUGGGGGGCGACAUCAGGCCUCUGCCCGGAGUGCUGCUGGCAGCCUCUAUCCCCGAGGAGGCCUUGUGUUGGUGAGUCCAGGCUGUGACCCCAGUCGCCGGCACCUGCAGCACUAUGGCCCCUUUGCCAAGGGUUCUGGCCAGACCAGAGGCCUGUCUCCCAUGAGGUUGAGAGAACCGGAGCCUGAGAAGAGGCAUGGAGGCCACUUGAGCGCUAGCCCACCUUACUCCCCCAAACUCAAGGAAGUCACCAAGGCCCAAGAGCUGGAGAUGAGGCUGCACACAUUCAGCAUGUUUGGGAUGCCCCGUCUGCCCCCUGAAGACCGGAAGCGCUGGGAGAUAGGAGAGGGCGGUGACAGCGGCCUAAACAUCUCGACGUCCUGGAGGGAGCUGGUGCCUGGGCACAAGGAGAUGAGCCGGGAGCUGUGCCACCAGCAGGAAGCACUGUGGGAGCUGCUGACCACCGAGCUCAUCUAUGUGAGGAUGCUCAGGAUCAUGACCAAUAUCCUAGCCGCUGGUUUACUGAACCUGCAGCGAGUGGGGCUGCUGACGGAAGUAUCAGCAGAGACCCUGUUUGGAAACGUCCCCAGCCUGAUUCGAGCCCACCGGAACUUUUGGGAGGAGGUGCUGGGGCCCACCCUGGAGGAGACUCGAGCCUCAGGCCAGCCUCUGGACCCAGUCGGCCUGCAGAAUGGCUUUCUGACGUUCGGCCAGCGGUUCCAGCCCUACGUCCAGUACUGUCUGCGAGUGAAGCACACCAUGGCUUACGCCCGGAAGCAGCAAGACACUAACCCACUCUUCCAUGCCUUCGUGCAGUGGUGUGAGAAGCACAAGCGCUCAGGGAGGCAGAUGCUGGGCGACUUGCUCAUCAAGCCCCACCAGCGCAUCACCAAGUACCCACUGCUGCUCCAGGCUGUGCUCAAGAGGAGUCCUGAGGCACAGGCCCGAGAAGCCCUGAACGCCAUGAUUGCCGCUGUGGAGUCAUUCCUGCGGCACAUCAAUGGGCAGGUCCGCCAGGGCGAAGAGUACGAGAGCUUGGUGGCUGCAGCCCAACGCAUUGGGCCCUAUGAGGUGCUGGAGCCGUCCAGUGAGGAGGUGGAGAAGAACCUGCGUCCAUUCUCCACCCUGGACCUGACGUCCCCCAUGCUGGGAGUUGCCCCUGAACACAGCAGACAGCUGCUGCUGGAAGGAGCCGUGCGAGUGAAGGAGGGGCGCGAAGCAAAGCUGGACGUGUACCUGUUCCUCUUCUCUGAUGUACUCCUAGUGACCAAGCCCCAACGCAAGGCAGACAAAGCCAAGGUCAUCCGUCCCCCUCUCAUGCUGGAGAAGCUUGUGUGCCGACCACUGCGAGACCCUAACAGCUUCCUGGUGAUCCACCUCUCCGAAUUCCAGUGCGUCUCUGGUGCCCUCACUGUGCACUGUCCCAGUCCUACAGACUGUGCCCGGUGGCUAGAGAAGACCCAGCAGGCCCAGGUCACCCUACAAAAGUUGAAGGCGGAGGAGUACGUCCAACAUAAGAGGGAGCUCCUGGCCCUCUAUCGGGACAGGGAGUCCCCCAGCACCAGACCAUCCACGCCUUCCCAGGAGGGCUCUCAGAGCAGCACAGAAGGGAGGACUCCUGAGUUCUCAACCAUCAUCCCUCACCUGGUGGUGACUGAAGACACGGAUGAAGAUGCUCCCUAUGUACCAGAUGACACCUCAGACUCUGGCUACAGCACUUUAAUCCCAGGCUCCCCCAAGGGGUCUCACUCCUCACUGAGCCGUCUACGCCCAAGGGCCUUCCGGCGGGACCCGCGCCUCACCUUCUCCACCCUGGACCUCCGAGAUGUUCGUUUGCGCCCCCAGCCUCCUGACCCCCAAGCUCCUCAACGCCGAAGUGCCCCCAAUCUGCCAGAAGGGAUCCAAAGAGGAGGCAGUCUUCCCAGGGGGGACACACCCACCUGGUCUGAGGAAGAAGAUGGGACCUCAGCGGGAGGGAAUGUGGUGGUGGAAACCCUGCACAGGGCCCUCCUGCGCGGGCAGCUCCCCCCGUCCCCAACCCACACCGACUCUGCUGGGGAAAGCCCCUGGGAGUCCUCCGCGGAUGAGGAAGAGGGGCCUCUCUCCCUGGGACCUGGCCACACCCCGUCCCCUCGCCACCUCCGGGCUGAGGACAUGCUCAAGGAGAUCAGGGAGGAACUGGCCAGCCAAAGGCUCGAGGGAGCCCCGGAGCCUGCGGACAGCGAGUCUCGGAAGCUGACUCGGGCCCAACUGCAAAGAAUGCGAGGUCCCCACAUCAUACAGCUGGACACCCCUCUUUCCACGUCGUAA